AUGGCCAACUCAGACCCUACAACACCAGCUAAAACGAGCGUCAAUCUCAAAGACGGCAGCUAUGUGAGCACACUUGCUGAGCCCGAGGAAACCCCGCAGUCUCAGUCACUGCUCUCGGCGCUUGUUCAGAGAAAGAAAAGGGUCGAUCCAGACGCGAUUGCCACUGCUCAAAGCGUAUUCGACGACCCCGUGCUUAGCAAGUACUAUACACCGCACCCGGAAUAUGAAAACCUCCAUCGCUUCGACCCCAACGCCCGAUGGACGCAUCGCGAAGAAACGUCCGUCCGGCGCAAGACUGAUUGGACUAUCUUUCUAUGGAUCCUGAUCAUGUUCUUUGGCCUCAAUCUCGAUCGCGGAAACCUAGCCAAUGCGGCCGCUGACAACCUUCUCGAUGAUCUGAAACUCAGCACGAAUGAUUACAACAAUGCACAGAACAUGUACCGGGUUGGGUUUCUGAUUGCGGAAAUCCCUUCGCAAAUGAUCGGGAAGCGGCUAGGCCCAGAUCGAUGGAUUCCUUCUGGCAUCGGGGGACAAUUCUUUAUGCAUAAUCGUGCUGGGUUUUUUGCAUGUCGGUUCUUUAUCGGCUUGUUCAUGGGAGGAUUUAUCCCGGAUUCGAUCUUGUAUCUAUCGUAUUUCUACACCAAGUCGGAGAUGCCGUUCCGUCUGGCCAUGUUCUGGUUCGUCGACUCGAUGUCCGGAGUCAUUGCAUCGUUCAUUGCGUAUGGUGUCCUGCACAUGCGCGGUGUCGACGGGCACGAGGGAUGGCGAUGGCUGUUUCUGAUCGAGGCACUUAUUAGUAUUGUAAUCGGCUUCUUGAGUUUCCUGUUCCUAGUGCCAGGCCCAACACAAACAAAAACCUGGUGGAAUCCUCAAGGCUAUUUCACCGAAAAGGAAGAGACUAUCAUCGUCAACAGAGUUCUACGCGACGAUCCGUCCAAAGGAGACAUGCACAAUCGCCAAGCUCUGUCCCUGGGCAUGCUCUGGCGCAGUCUGACUGACUUCGACCUGUGGCCUAUCUAUAUCAUCGGCAUACUAUUCGAGAUUCCCACAGCACCGCCCAAGGCAUAUCUUACUUUGUCGCUCAAAGCAAUCGGCUUCACCACGUUUGAAACCACGCUGCUCUCGAUCCCCGUCACGGUCUUCUCCGCUAUAAAUUUGUUGCUGGUCACGGAACUCACCGAGCGAUUCCACCAGAUCUCGCUAAUCGGUCUACUCACACAGGUCUGGUCCCUGCCGCUGCUGAUCGUGUUGUACACGUCGGCUGGGAGUUUGUCGAAUUGGGGGCUAUACGCCGUGACAUUUGUGCUACUCGGCUGGCCAUCGCCUCACGCGGCGCAUGUCGGGUGGUGUUCACGACUGAGUAACGCCGUGCGUACACGCACUGUGAGUGCAGCGUUGUACAACAUCACCAUUCAAUUAUCCGGCAUUGCGUCGUCGAAUAUCUAUCGCAAUGACGACAAACCGCUCUACCGACGGGGGAACAAGCAGCUUAUUGCAAUCAACGUCGCCACUAUCGUUGUCUAUGCCCUGGCCAAGGCGUAUUAUGUGGCGCGGAAUCGGUGGAAGCAGGAGAAGUGGGGGCAGAUGAGUGCAGAGGAGAAAGCGGCGUAUUUGGAGAACACUGCGGAUCAGGGGAAUAAGCGAUUGGACUUUUUGUUUGAUAGUUAG